GCGGCCUUGCUCGCUGGCCUUCAGCGAUUCGGCAGGAAUCGUAACAUCGACGACGGCAUCCUGAAUGCCUCCACGGUCUCGGGUUUUGGAGACACCUUAUAUUUCGGCGUCACCGACAAGAAAGGACAGCGUGGCGACAAUGCUUACCGCACCUGGAAGAACGAGAUGAAGAAGGUCACUUGCUUGGAUUUGCGCAAGCUUCCAGAGGUCGCAGUGGUGGAGACUGUGCGCCCCUUCACUCGGGUUUCGCAGCGUCGCUUCUGCUGGGGCGAUGCCCAAGCAACGAAGGAAGAAGUGGUGGCGGCGGUCCGUGAAAAUGAUGACGCAGAGCUGCUCGCGAUCAUGCCUGAAGCAAGGUCUUUGAUUCAGCGUAAUGAGCUGGAACACAUGCCCGCCCUGUUCGACGCCAUGCGCUCGGGAGAACCGAUCGGCCUUGCCGACUGCAGGCGCCAGUUCUUUACGGAAAGUAUGGGCUCGGCCAGG